AUGAGAUUGUCGCCAAUCAUCGCCUGGCCCCUGUGGCUCGGGAGCGUAUCUGCAAACCCCAGCAAAGCCAUCGGUGGCCACAAUGGUCGCCCUGAUCUCGGCUGCAAGGCCAAAGCCGUCUAUGUUGACGUGGCAAUCAUUGGCGGCGGCUCUGGGGGCAUUCACGCCGCCAUACAACUGAAGGAUGCUGGUGCAAAGGUCUUGGUGAUCGAAAAGAAAAACCAAAUCGGAGGCCACGCUGAAACGUACAAAAAUAAUGAAACCGGCAUUGUCAGCAACGUCGGUGUCGUUCUCUUCGAGAAUACAGAUCUAGUGAAGCGAUACUUCAAUCGCCUCAAGGUCCCAAUUACGACGUCCAAUGUAUUGGCCACAACAAGUGCAUCACGGCAGUUCGACUUUGCUUUAGGAUUUCCCAUUCCAGCCCAAAGCGCUUCCGCCGCAGCUGCACAGCAGCAAGUCCUUCAAGCCGCCGCUCAGGCUUACACUCAGAAUGUGCUCAGCAAGUAUGGAUGGAUCGACCAGGGAUUCCUAGUCCCUGACCCUGUCCCAGCAGAAUUAUAUGAGCCCUUUGGUCAGUUCGCAGCAAAGUACAACUUUUCGGCUCUCCUACCAGUCAUUGCACAAUUCAAUUGGUAUACGGGGAACCUCACAACCCUUCCGGCACUUUAUGGUAUCAAGGGCCUCGGGCCUGGUCUGCUGAGCAGCCUCUUCGGCGAGUUCAUCCUGUCCGGCACGGGCGACACCAGGAGUCUAUACGACUCUGCUCUCAAUGAGCUCGGUUCCAGUGUGCUCUUAAGCACUACUAUACUCAACGUUGACCGUCACUCUAACGCGACUGGUGUUACUUUGGUAGUAGCUGAGUCUGGCAAAAGCCCCAAGACAAUCAUUGCCCAGAAGCUGUUAUUGGCUAUCCCACCAACUUUGAAGAAUAUGAUAGCCUUCGACCUCUCCAUUCAGGAGAAGGAAAUCUUCUCCAAGUUUUCUUCUUUGGGUUACUUCGCCGGCGUAGCGAGUGUCCCUGGGUUCAACGGCAGCUUCACCAACAUCGGUGCUCUGACUCCCUUCAACCAGCCCAUUAUCCCUGGCAACAAUGGCUUCAGCUCCACGGGCUCCCCCGACGAAUUCCUCAUUGGAGGAGGAUUUGAUACCGGCGACGUGACAGAUGAGGACGGCAAGAACCUUGUCCGCAAGAAUCUUGCUACCCUUGCGGCCGCGGGUGUUGUCCCAGCAGAUGCAGCAUCGAGCGUCACAUUCCCGUACACCUCCAACCACACGCCUUACAACGUACGCUGCAAAGCCGAAGACAUCAAGGACGGUUUCUACCGGAAGCUGGUGGAUUUGCAAGGUUCCGGGAACACAUAUUUCACCGGGGCGGCGUUUGCCGGACACAACAGUGCCUUGAUUUGGAAUUGGAACCAGGGGACUAUUUUGCCUGCUAUUACGAAGGCGCUUGGUCUAUAA